AUGUUUAGUUUUCCAGCACAACUCUCAAAUAUCAAAUGUCUUAGAAGUGCACUUGAAAAUUUAUAUUUUUACAAAGAAAACAUUAUACAAAAAGCAAAGCUGUUGCCAGAUUCAAAGAAGCAGAAUUAUGCAUACAAUAAGAUAUUUCAUGCUGAUUCGGAUACUCUA